AUGGAGUCCGUUUUCUCGUCCGGCCGGCCAGGAUGCCAUGCCCUCUCCGCCGUCUUCUUCCUCCUUCCCCCAUGUGUCAUCUUCCUAGCCCUGGAUCUCGCAUUGCGAAGGUGCCACAGAGCUACUAUCUCCGUGGCCGAGGACCAUACCUCCGAGUCCGCGUCCCUUAAAUCGACAACUCUCUCCCUGCCAACACCAAAGGAGACCCUGGCCCAGGAUGUCGCAGUCCAGCGAACACAAUCCCUACCCACACCAUCCCCUUCCAUCCACGGAUCAGCGACAUCCACCCGCACCGACUUCCGUCGUCGCAACAAGCAGCCUGAGAUCAGGCCAGAGUUCAUGAGGUUCUGCGAGAACCUAGUACAGACGAAUCGUAUCUGGGCACAGGAGAGAGAGAUCAAGCGCCUCGAGGAAGCCUUGGAGUCCGCCACGAAGGCACAUCAGCGCGUAGAAUUCGACGCUUUGUGCCGGAGGCAAUUGCUGGAGAAUGAGCUGUCGAGAGCUCAGAACGAGGCAAAGGGCUUGCGAGAAGAGAGGGAUAGACUCAGUCUGUUGAACGCCGAGUUUGCCGCUGAGAUGCAGAAGAAGCAUGCGAUCGAGGAGCUGGCGAAGGACGUCCGGAGAGAGGCUGAGGAGACGCGGAGAUUGUUGGACAGAAGUCGCACUGAGCACGAGCGGGAGAUACGCGAGAUGGUUGAGGAAUGCAGGAAGGAGAGUAGGCAGCUGCGGGAGGAGAUUGCGCAGCUGAGGUUGGCGCAGGAGGCGAAGGCAGUCGAGCAGGCGAUAUCGAACGAACUGGAGGAUAGGGCACUCGGAAGCAAUCGGCAAUCAGCUACCGGAUAG